UUCCUGGAAACAUGGCGGCCAGCUUCCGCGGCCGUCCUAUCCGGAGUCUUCGGAUGCGAGGUCGGAAUGACAGCGGGGAAGAGAACGUACCGCUGGAUCUUACCAGAGAACCAUCAGAAAACUUCCGUGAAAUCCUCCAAAAUGUGGCCAAACCGCACGGAGUCAGUAACAUGCGAAAACUGGGCCACCUGAACAACUUCAUAAAGCUGCUUUGCAGCAUUGGCCACCGGGAGGAAAACUUUGGGUUUACAUAUGAAGAAAUAAUCAUUUGCCUGAGACUAGCUCUACUAAAUGAGGCCAAGGAAGUGCGUGCUGCAGGUUUGCGGGCACUCCGCUACCUCAUUAGAGACACCAGCAUCUUGCAGAAGGUCUUCAGGCUGCAGGUGGAUUAUUUGAUAGCCAGAUGCAUCGACAUUCAGCAAAGCAACGAGGGGGAGAGGACUCAAGCUCUGCGAUUAGUCCGAAAAAUAAUCUCCGUCAAUGCCAUGCUGUUCCCCACCUCAAUUGCAAACUCUCUGAUUGCGGUGGGGACUGAUGGACUGCAGGAGAGGGAUCGCAUGGUUCGUGCAGCCAUCGCCAUUGUCUGUGAGCUAGCCCUGAAGAACCCUGAAGUGGUGGCCAAAAGAGGAGGCCUCAGCACUAUCCUAAAGAGCGUGAUUGACUGUCAGCUUAGUCGCAUCAACGAAGCUCUGAUCACCACUGUCCUCCACUUACUCAACCACCCUUGUACACGCCAGUAUGUGCGUGUGGACGUGGAGCUGGAGCAAAUCCUCGCGCCUUUCACUGAUUUUCACUAUCGUCACAACGCGGACACGGCUGAAGGGCAGCUCAAAGAAGACAGAGAGUCUCGUUUCCUGUCGAGCAGAAUGGCUAUAGUUGCUGCUUUCCGUUCCUGGUCUGGGAUUAUCAACCUGUGCAAGGCUGCUAAUUCUGGAAUUCAAUCUUUAAUUGGCCUACUUUGCAUACCAAAUAUGGAAGUUAGGAAAGGCUUGUUGGAGGUGUUAUAUGAUAUAUUCAGGCUCCCUGUGCCCAUUGCAACUCAAGACUUCACAGAGGCUCUACAGAGUGUUGACCCUGCCAGAUUCCAGGACACUUGGAGACUUUCUGAUGGAUUUGUUGCUGCCGAGGCUAAAAUCAUCCUGCCUCAUCGGGCCCGCUCUAGGUCUGACCUGAUGGACAACUACCUGGCGUUUGUUCUUUCUGCCUUCAUCAGCAGUGGACUGUUAGAGGGCCUUGUGGAAGUUGUGACCAGCAAUGAUGGCCAGCUUGCUGUGCGAGCCACCAUACUCUUGGGAGACCUUUUACACAUGGCAAACACCAUCCUUCCUCAUUCCCACAGUCACCACCUGCACUGUCUUCCCACCCUCAUCAACAUGGCCGCCUCAUUUGACAUCCCCCAAGAGAAACGACUCCGGGCAAGUGCAGCGGUUAAUAAUCUAAAGCGUUUCCAUGAGAAGAAAAAGAAAGGCUUGAAACCGCACAGUCUGUACCUGGACCACAUCAUUCGCAAAUCUGUGUCAUCCCAUACCCGCAGAGAUUCACACUCGCGUGUCCAAAGAGACAUCUACGUCAUAAAGGACACAGAAGAAGCACUGAUGAUGAACCUGAGAGACAGUCAUAUUCUCAACCACAAGCACAACCUGGAGUGGAACUGGUUGCUUAUUGCAACCAUCCUUAAGUGGCCAAAUGUAAACCUCAGGAACAACAAGGAUGAACAGAUGCACAGGUUUGUUCGGAGGCUGCUGUACUUUUACAAGCCUAGUAGUAAACUAUAUGCUGGACUGGCUUUGGACCACGUUAAGGCCAGACAACUCACUGUGGUUGGAUGCCAGUUUGUUGAGUUUCUCAUGGAAUCGGAUGAGGACGGUCAAGGCUACCUGGAAGACCUCGUAAAGGACAUGGUGUCAUGGCUUUCCUCAUCAUCAGGACUGAAGCCUGAGCGCUGUCUCCAGAGUAACGGCCUGCUGACAACACUCAGCCAGCACUACUUCCUCUUUCUGGGGACGCUGUCCGCACAUCCACAGGGAGUCAAAAUGUUGGAGAAAUGUGGCUUGUUUCAGUGCCUGCUGAAUUUGUGCUCUGUAAAGAACCAGGAUGCUGUGCUCAAACUGGCUGUAUCCACAUUAGACUACAGCAGAGAUGGUCUGGCCCGAGUGAUCCUGUCAAAGGUUCUGACUGCUUCCACUGAUAUAUGCAGGCUCUACGCCACCAAACACCUCCGUGUGCUCCUGCGUGCCGGUGUGGAGUUCUUCAGCAGCUGGGGCAUGGAGCUUCUGGUCACACAGCUUCAUGACCACAGUAAGGCGGUGUCCAUGGAGGCUCUGGACAUCCUGGACGAAGCCUGUGAGGACAAGGCCAACCUUCACGCUCUGAUCCAGCUCAAACCGGCUGUAUCCCACCUGGGAGACAAAGGUCUCCUGCUGCUCCUAAGGUUCCUGUCCAUUCCUAAAGGUUUCUCCUAUCUCAAUGAGAGGGGUUAUGUUAGCAAACAGUUGGACAAAUGGCAGAAGGAAUACAAUCUUAAAUAUGUGGAUCUGAUAGAGGAGCAACUUAAUGAAGCACUAACAACUUACCGUAAACCUGUCGAUGGAGACAACUAUGUCAGACGCAGCAACCAAAGGUUACAAAGACCAAAUGUCUAUCUCCCUGUGCACUUGUAUGGUCAGCUGGUCCACGAUAAGACGGGUUGUCAUCUGUUGGAGGCUCAGAGCGUGGUUCCCGACCUCAGCUACACGGUCCGCUCCCCGAUGCUGGACACCUGGGAGGGCAUUAAACAGCUGAAGGCUGCUCUCUGGGCUUUGGGCAAUAUUGGCUCUUCAAACUGGGGUUUGAAUCUCCUUCAGGAGGAAAAUGUCAUUCCUGACAUCCUGACUUUGGCUCAGCACUGCGAGGUGCUGUCCGUGCGAGGGACGUGUGUUUAUGUGCUCGGUGUGAUUUCCAAGACCAAGCAGGGUUGUGAGGUACUGAAGCAGUUUGGUUGGGACGCCGUCAGACACAGUCGCAGGACGCUGUGGCCCGUCACUCCCGACGAGGUCGACACUCAGCUGACCUCUGAGCUUUCUUCGGUACCAAGCACACUCAGUCUGAACUCUGAGUCCACCAGCUCGCGCCACAACAGCGAGAGCGAGUCUCAACCAAACAUGUACAUCCUGGAUGAUGACAAGUGUGAUGCUCUGGACACGUCAGACGAGCCCUCGCUCUACUUACACUCCAAACCGGUCAAAGAUCGCAGCCCUUUCACCAUCCUGGCCUCCACACGCUUUGUUCGCCCCCGCUUCCUUAACUCGCUGUCCCUUCCAAGCAAGAAGCUGCGCUCUACUAGUGACCCUAAGACUCCUGCGGGCUCUCGCACCCCCAAUGAGUUCAUGACCGGUAGCAUGAGGCGGAAUAGGACGGUGACGGAGCCCUCUGUCUACACCCACAACCAGGGAGAAGUCUUCUCUGUGUUCAAUGGCAGGGGAAUGCCAAAGAGUCCAACAGUUAGCCUGGAGACAUCCUUUGUGGGGACCAGGGGGGGCUCAGAGGAGCAGCUUGUGGAUGGCAGGCUGGUGAGAGGGGGGGGCUCAGGCCUCGGACUCAGUGGUCUCGGUGUACCCGGGGCUGUGGAGCACCACGCUAGGGACAAGGAACAGAGCAGCAGAGAGCGCCUGGCCGGAGAUGGAGGCUCCUCCUCCAGCGCCGGCAAUGUGGGAGUGGGCGGAGGAGGGGGUGGAGGUACUCAAUUCAAAAGCCGCAGUCAGAGCUUUAACACGGACACCACAACCAGCGGCAUCAGCUCCAUGAGCUCCAGCCCCUCCCGGGAGACGGUGGGGAACCCUGAGCACCCGGAGCCUGAGCCAGACUCCUCUGACUGCGUGAGCCUCAACACGGUUGUGUCUGCCAAGACCGUCAAAACACUUUCUUCCCCAACCCCCCAGGCUCAGACCAACCACAUGUCCGCGUCAAAGUCCCCCAAUGUCUCCCUGGUGCCGCCAGGCUCCUCACACACUCUCCCCCGCAGAGCCCAGUCCCUCAAGUCUCCCUCAGUGGGCACCAUCAAAAGUCUGGCCGACUGCAGCUUCAUGUACACCAGCCCCAGAGACGCGCUGGGCUACGCCACGCUGAAGAGGCUGCAGCAGCAGAGGAUCCACCCGUCGCUGUCUCACAGCGAGGCGCUGGCUUCACCCGCCAAAGAUGUGCUGUUCACCGACACCAUCACCAUGAAGACCGGCAGCCUGGACUCCAGGCUGACUCCUCGCAGCCUCUCCCCUCGGAUCCUCUCACGCACCUCUCCUUUUGCCAUGCCUAGGUUUCUGAAAGCUCUGAGCUUUGCCUCUCUGGAUAAGGAGGAACUCCUCAGCCCCAUCAACCAAAGCACCCUGCAACGCUGCUCCUCAGUGCGCUCAAUGGUCUCCAGCGCCACCUUUGGGUGUAACGACGACUACAUAGGGCUUGCUCUGCCAAUGAACAUCAAUGAUAUGUUCCACAUUAGAGACUCGGCAUACUUUCAGCAGCGAAUCAGCCCACCGUCAGAGGAGCGGAAACGUUUCCUUUUUGGCGAUGGAGAUGGGGACCGGCCUGCUAUCCCGUUACUCAAGCAGCAGUUCAGUAUCUCUGAGCUGAUCGUGUGCCGAGGUGAAGUCCCAAACCACGUGGUUGGCUCUGAGGAGACGGGACUACAAGAACACACUGAAGAAAACUGCCUGUACUGUGUCGGAGCCAUCGUCCUGGGAUACCCCACCCAGCCACAGAUUAACAGCACACACCCUCGCACAGAUUAUGUCGAUUUCCAGUCAUGGGGGGGGCAGAGUGGUCAUCGUCUGGAGGUGAUGCCGCAGUCUAAGUUCUCCGGGGUGUCGGGCUGCAGCGAUGCAGCUGUGUCACAGGGCUCCAUGUCCAGCACACCAACACCCGCUGACAUUGUCAUUGGUGGUAAGGCAAUAUCAGAGGACGCCCCUGCUCCUCGAGUCUUACUGAGGAAGGAGGUGCUCCGCCUCAUCAUCAACCUCAGCUCCUCUGUUGGAACCAAAGGCCACGAAACAGGAUUACUCACGAUAAAGGAAAAGUUUCCAUAUGCGUUUGAUGACAUCUGUUUGUACUCUGAGGUUUCUCAUCUCUUGGCUCAUUGUAUGUUUCGCUUGACUUCAAGGCGUUUCAUACAAGAACUCUUCCAGGACGUGCAAUUCAUGCCAAUGUAUGAGGAAGCAGAGGCAAUACUGACAAAGCUACCAAAACCUGGAGAAGAGGACAUUAACCCUCCAGCAGAAUCCUGAUCACCCUCCGUCUGCCUCCCUAGUGUUCUGUGCUCACCUGCAGUUCUGAUUCUUAACGAACACAGAUAGAAAGCAAGACUGACAUAAUAUAAGUUAAGGCUCUAAGGAUGGUAACUGUUUGGCAGGCUUCUGUUGCUAAAAACAGAUUAUUCCUGUCAAAGAAAAAGAAGACACGCUCAUCACUCAACUCCUAUCUGGCAAAUCAGAGCUGGAAACAGGAGACAUCAGAAUCAGCAAACAAAUCUAGCAGCACAGCUAAUGCUGUCUCAGAUCAUUUUUAAAAUGAAAAUGGGGUAGCAGUUUUGCCAAAUAUUGUUGAAAGUCUUCAGCAGCACUUGAUAGUUCAACACAACGCGUAAAGAUGAGACUAUUCUCACGUUUCUUUUUAAAAGAAAAAAAAUCGAUCAUGUUCUUAUUUUACAGAGAAUGUCUCUUUCUGUAAAGGAUCAGGCAUGUUUUCGUGUCCAACCAGGAAUUCCUCGGACCUUGCAUUCUCUUUUUCAAAACACUAAAGAGGGAUCCUGCUGUUUUUAAAAACUUAAUUGGAGCCCUCCUGAUUUCAUGUCCCACUCUGUCUUGUGAUCUGCCCCAAGCAGAAAUGUGCUUUUCCUUCUAUUGCCUCACCACCUCCUACAACCUGGCCCCUCUCGUCAGCACAGGCAGCCCAUUCUCCUUCUAUUUCUUCUAUCUCAGACAAUCAAACAUCUCUUGUAUUGUAUUUUCUAAUGCAUUAUUAUAUCUACCACCUUUACUCAGUACAGGAGAAUAGCAUGUAAUUCAGUGCUAGUUUAUCCCACCCUUUACUUGCUUAGGACCUUUAACGUUUUUUCUUCAGCCGUUGCAUUCUUCCGAGGCCUCACAGUGGGUGGGUCAGUCUAUUGAAAGAUGCUUAAUUGUGUAAGUUUAUCUGUAGAACUGCUAAUUACAGACCAAGAACCAAACUGCUCAUAGAUGUUUCCAGUACCUGCUUAAAGCCAGCAGCUACUCAUCACAAUGCCUUCUUACCUCUGCGCUUCACCUCCACUGCAUGUUCAACAAGCAUGGCAAAAGUUGUAAGGUCACUUUAAGGUAUUUCUUGCUUGUAAAACCUUUUUAACGGAUAGGUUUCCAUUUAAUGCUGCCAUACAUUGUAGGAAUAUAAUUGCCCAAGGAUCUUUUCCCACAAUGCAAUAUCACUGUCUGUCAUAUGGCGAGGAGGAGUGGUGCGGUGCAGUGUAAGGACUAAAGGAUAUGUCAAAGGUUUCCAGGGAAACAGGGUUCUGUUUCCAUUGACUUGUUUUUGCUACAAUGCUGCUACACAAAUGGACUCAUAGAGAGAUGAUUCAUAGAUCAGCUGAGUGAUGUCAGGCUCGAUCUAUUUAUUAUAUGUCUGUACCAUAGUGAGCUCAACCAGAGAAGAAAAAAGUUAUUUAUAUUUUUUCCUCAAGACUGUAUUAUAAUUUAAAUUUUUUUCUUUUUUUUUUCCUUUUUGCCUGAAUCGUGGUUUCCCUUGUAUAAUGUGUACAGUAUGUUUUUGGGGCCAAUGAUGACCCAAAGAAACAUACAAUCCUAUCAAAGGGAUGCAUUGUUAAUAAAACAAAAUUUGAAAUACCGAAAACAUUUUAAGUUUGUUACCUGCCUCUUGAUUUGCCUUUCCAACUCCUCGAUAAUUGAUGAAAUAGUCGGUUUCCGCGUUGAUCUUG